AUGGGUACAACCCUGGAACGAGCCGAAGGAUCCGAAUUGAGGCAGCCUAGCCCUGGCAAAGCAUUCUACACAAUCUUUCCGAAAAAAGGCACCGAGACUUCCAAGAGCAGCGAGUUUGUUAAGAAUAUCGUCGGAACCGACCUCUUGCCCUGGACGAACCUCCAGGAACAACUGAUCUCAUGGACUGUGGAGGCCUCCCCUGAUGAAGUUACCCUGAUGCGAAACUACGAUGAUAUUGAGAAAGUUGUGCCUUAUCCCAUGGAACCGCCGGCCCAGCCUGGUACCCCUAGGACUGUUCCUCGAACCGGUCGUCGUGAUGUAGCUGAAAACCCUCCUACAGUCCACGGAUAUUUUGUCUUUCCCAAGGAUGGCAAGAACAAAGAUGAAACCGACAAGACCGAACUGUUCCUUCAGCAACUCUUUGGGGCAGAGCAUAUCGAACCCCCAUUUAGAUUUGAUGAUGAAGAUGAAGGGCUUCUAUACUGGCUAGUCGAGAAUAGCAACGAAUCCCAGCGUGACCAGGCCGCCAAAGACCCGGGAGUAAAGGUUAUUGAGCCGAAUAAGGCUUCCUUUUACAGGCUCCGCACCGCACGCAAUUUACCUCCCGACAACCUGCAUCCACUUCCAUUACCGACAGCUAAACUCUCAAAUACUAUCGAAAACAGGGACAUUAGUAAUUCUACCUAUUAG